UCCAAGGAUACGUAAACCAUAGCAACUGUUAAUACUAACAUAGUUACUGUUUUUGUGGGUUGUCCUAUUUCUAAAAGUAAUAUAAUAAUAAUUCUAUAAGUGAAUCCACAUUUAUUUAACAUAAUAAUCACAACGUUGAAUUAAACAACUACGUUUAUCUCAGUAUUAAAUCAUACUUUUAUGUAUAAUGAAAAAGGUAUUGGAUAACUAUACGUUCGGUAUAUGUAUUAUACUCAAAUUACAAACAUGUAUGAAUUAUUAUUUCAUUCCUGCUAUAAAAUAGAGAUGCUAUAAAUUUAUGAGAACUUGACGGGACAUUUUUAAGGAUUUCUUUUUAUGGAGUGUUCAAAAUUGUAGAUAAUAUGACAAAUGAGAUAAAAAAAUAUAUUUAAACAAAAGCGCGUAAAAGAAUUAGAGCACAAUGAACCGCUAUGUCGUGCUGCAGCAGCUGGGAGACGGCACUUACGGUUCCGUGGUACUGGCGCAGCGACGAGACACUGGCGAGAAGGUCGCUAUCAAGCGCAUGAAGCGUAAAUACUACUCAUGGGACGAGGCCAUGAACUUACGGGAAGUGAAAUCUUUGAAAAAAUUGAAUCAUGCUAAUAUAGUUAAGCUCCGUGAGGUGAUUCGUGAAAACGACACCUUAUACUUUGUAUUCGAGUACAUGCGAGGUAAUUUGUAUCAACUGAUACGAGACGCAGAACGGCCGUUUCCUGAACCUGUGUUGCGUAAUAUCUUAUAUCAGGUGCUUCAAGGUUUGACUCAUAUGCACCGUCAUGGAUUCUUCCAUCGCGAUCUAAAACCAGAAAAUUUACUCUGUGCUGGACCGGAAUUGGUGAAGAUUGCGGAUUUAGGUCUCGCACGAGAGGUGCGCUCGCGGCCCCCCUACACGGACUACGUAUCGACGCGCUGGUAUCGUGCUCCAGAAGUGCUCUUGCAUGACACACGCUAUGGUGCACCCAUCGAUCUGUGGGCAUUGGGCUGUAUAGCCGCCGAGCUGUAUACAUGCAGACCCCUGUUCCCGGGGAAUUCAGAGAUCGAUCAACUGCAUAAGGUGUGUGCAGUGCUGGGCACGCCUGACCGCGACGAGUGGCCCGAGGGCUACGCAUUGGCUGAAGCGCUACGUUUCCGUUUCCCGGUGACGGCAGGCGUACCUCUGGCUCGCGUAGUACCAAGUGCCUCGCCACCAGCACUCGCGCUAUUAGCGGCACUCCUGAGAUACCCUCCAAGAGAUCGACCAACAGCACCGCAAGCACUAAGGUUUCCAUAUUUUGCUGUGGGAGCUGCUCUCGUCUUACCACCACCUGCGUCACGAGCUAGAAGAAGCGGUCGCGACCGAGAAGAGUCAGAUAAUGCUCCUCUGGUUGCUCCUGUGUCAUCGUUCGUCACGCCGCUCCCCGCUGCCCCUGCUGCACCUCCUGCAAUUGUCGCGCAACCACUUCACGAUCGCUUUGCAGAUAUUUUGGGAGGAGAGGUUACGCACGAAUUGGGCGUGCGCACUGAACCACUACGGCAGGUAACAGCGGCAGGCGGCGGUCGCAGCGUUUUAGCUGCGCUGCAGGCGGGCGGUGGCGGCCGCGCUGGGACGCGGGUUGCUGGCGCGCCGCCACCCGCAGCAGCCGCCUACCUCGGCGCAGCACGCUAUGUAGCGGGCGCCCGUAUCGACACUUCACUAUUUCAUCCGCUCCCACUGCGAGCACACCACGAAGCGACCACAGUUGGAAGCGGAGCAUCACGAGUGGACUGGGCAGCAAAGUAUCUUCGAUGAAUUGACAAAUCAGUUGAAAUCGCAAGAUUAAGUAAUAGCAUCAUACGAUACUAAUAACUCGAUGCUAUCUUAUAUCUCAUUUUAUGAAAAUAAUAAAUGGAAAUUUAUUUUUUGAAACGUAUACUUUUUGUGGAGUGAGGGGAGGCUUUUGCCUAGCAGGUGGGACAUGUUAUAACUGUUAAAAAAAUACUGUUAUGUAAAUUUCACGUAAUUUAACUUUAUACGAAACCGGUGAAAGCGUCAGUGUCAGGUUCGCAUAGCAAAUAAAUUGAGAUUUGGGUUUCAGUUUCUUUUCUUGGUUCAGUGCGUGCUGCGCGGCCCCAAAAUAAGGAUGCGUUUUGCUAGAAAUAUUAUGCCUGCUAAAAUGGGUUUUAGUGGAGGUGGGGUGUGGGUAGGUACUUCUACCCUUACGUGAAUGCAUAAUUAUCAACAUAGGUACUUUAAUUAUUUUUAAUUUUACAAGUCUGUAAUACUAUUGACAUUAGUUUUAAAAGCUAAGCCACCGUACAGUUAAGCAGAACAGGCAAUGGACCAUAAAAAAUUGUAAUGUUUUCCGAAAUGUUAAAGUAUGGAAAUUAUUUCAGCUUCUCAAGGCACAAUGACAUUACUGUCAUGACCAAUGCGCAAUGGCCGCAUUUUUGAUGAAAUAUAAAAAAAAAUAUUAUAGUUUAUGAUGUUUUAUUGAUAAAAUAUAUUAUUAUGAUCUGAUAACUAUACUUUUGUUAUGUAAACUUUCUGGUCUUAUCCUGAUCAAAGAUACACAAGAUCCAGUAUUUUAGUUUGCCUGAUUCACAAAGCAAUACCUAAUAAUAGUAUGUGAUGUAGAAAUCACAAUUAAGAAAAAAAAAAUGGAUAAAAUCAUAA